ACCAGAGCCUGCUGGGCGGCUCUGGGAGAGCUGAGCGGGCUUCCACACCACGCUCCACAGAACCCCCAGGCUCUCCUAGACUUGUGCAAAACUCCAGCUGGUGGAAAGAAAGCUGGGGCAACUGCCAGGAGGAUGGCGGUGCCCUGGGAGGAGUAUUUCCGACUGGCCUUGCAGGAGAAACAGUCUACAAAGCUGCCAGAGCAGGCUGAGCAUUACUUCCCGCCAGUGCUACGUCUCCUGGAGAAGAGGCAAGAGCUGGUGGAUGCAGACCAGGCCCUGCAGACCCAGAAGCAGGUGUUCCACACCAAGAUGGCAGCCCUGAAACAGCGCUGGGAACAGCUGGAACAGAAGGAGCGGGAGCUAAAGGGGUCGUUCAUCAGCUUUGACAAGUUUUUCCAGGACUCCGAGGCCAGGCGCAAUCGCGCGCUGCGGAGAGCGGCGGAGGAGCGGAACCAGGCGGGCCGCCGGGAGGCGGAGGCGCUGCGGCUGCGGGCCCAGCUCGAGGAGCUAAGGCAGGAGCACGCGCGGCUGCAGCGCAGACUGCAGCGCCUGGAGCCCUGCGCGCGCCUGCUGGAGCAAGCGCUGGAGCUGCUGCCAGGGUUCCAAGAUGUCCCGGAGCUGGUGGCGCGCUUCGACGGCCUGGCCGAGACACAGGCAGCACUGAGGCUCAGGGAGCGCGAGCGGCUCGCCGAGCAGGAGGCCGUGCGGGCGCGGCUGCAGCGGCUGCGGGACGCCUGGCCGGACGAGCUGCUCGCACACGGCCAGCGUCGGGCGCAGCUGCAGGAGCGUCUGGAGGCUGCCCGGGAGCGCAAGCUGCAGUGGGAAUCCAAGUGGAUUCAGAUUCAGAACACAGCAGCGGAGAAGACUCUGCUCCUGGGGCGCAGCAGGAUGGCCGUGCUCAACCUGUUCCAACUAGUGUGCCAGCAUCAGGGGCAGCCGCCUGCACUGGACAUUGAGGACACAGAGGGGCAGCUAGAGCAGGUGAAGCUGUUCAUGCAAGACCUCUCCGCCAUGCUGGCAGGCCUGGGUCAGACUGAGCCUGCAGCCCCUGCCUCCUAGCUCGGACCCAGGUGAGCAGCGGGAGAGGGGACCCCCGAGAGACCCCAGGAUAGGAGGGCCCCGCAUUUCCGAUGGGGUGGGACAGGGUGGCUCUUCCUGAAUCCGUUUCCUCAUUGGGAAGAUGGGAGGGCUGUGCCUGUUCAGAGUGCUGUGGGCCUGCCAUGAGAGGCACAUAACAAGUAUUCAAUAAAUGCAGGUCUACACAGCAAGCACUCAAUAAAUUCAGGCCCUGAUGAGGAGGUGAUGGGGGGGUCAAUGGGCUAUGUGUGGGGCAAUUGUCUCUAAAAUGAGACCAGACCAGGCCCUCCCUCCCAAGGUGGCGGGGGCAUGAAAAAGGCUCUUUGUCAGGUCUCAGAACAGGGUCCAUGCUAGAUAAGAGCUCACGAAGAUCUCUCCACUGUGGACUCUGCCAGCUGAGAGGCCCAGCCUGAGAAUCCAGCACCUGGGGCCGCCCUUGACCUUCUCAGAACCUUGAAUGGGGUGGGAGGUGAGAGGGCAGGCCAGGUUCUGACCUCCAGGUGUGGAGGGCCUGAGUUAACCUCUUCAUAGCCAGAGGGGAGCAGCAUGCCCUUGCCUCCAGGCUGUGCAUCCUGUUCCCCUCCCUCAGCCCAUUCCAGCUGCAAGGAAGCAGGUGGGAGGAAGGGGGACAAACUCCCACCUCUGGCACCUGGCUU